AGCGAGUUGUUUGUCAUAACAGCGUUACCUGAUAGGAACAAUAUUACGAACAAUCACCAUAUCAGUUGAUAACCAACUUUCGCCGUCGGCGCGCGUACAUUUCCCCGAUAAAAAUAAAAGAAAAUCAAUCAAAAUGGGCUGUGGUGAAUUCCUGGUGAAAUACAUUCUGUUCUUCACCAAUCUCUUCUUUGCUUUGGCAGGCCUAGCACUCCUCGGUGUGGGCAUCGCCGUCCAGCUCCAAGUGACGGUGAUCACGAAUCAGAUCGAUGUGAACCUUCAGCUGGGGCCCAUCACCACCAUCGUGGUGGGCGCGGUCGUCUUCCUGGUCGCCUUUUACGGCUGCUGUGGAGCUAUUAGAGAGAGCAAUUGCAUGCUGGUCACGUACUCAAUCUUCAUGAUUGUCCUGAUGAUCGCCAAGAUUGCUUUGGCCACCUUCAUCUUCGUGAACCUGUCGGAGCUGACGGACGAGAUCAAGAGGCACUUCACCAGGCUGUUCCAGGACAACCAGGCUGCUUUCCAGGAGAUUGAAACCGCGUUCUCAUGCUGCGGACCUUUGGGCGCCAUCUCCUACGGCACCUCCAUUUUGUCGCUCCCCGACAGAUGCUGUGCGGCGGCACCAUGCAACAUCUCCAACGCUUACGGCGGUUGCAACGACAAAGUCGAAGGUUUGAUGGAGACGUACGGCAUGGCCAUUGGCGUGGUCGCUAUUGUCGUUGUGGCCGUUGAACUGGUAGCCGUGGUGUUUGGACUGUGCUUGGCAAACCACGCACGGAACAAGGACAGAAGAUCUCGCUAUUAAGUCAUUAUUUAUACAUAACUUAAUGUUGUAACUAGGUUUAGUUUUAAGACAGUGUUAUUCAAAGUAGGUACCUAACUUGUGAGUACUUUAACAAAUCAUAGACACAACACCUAUUAAUUUUAUAGUACAUACUUAGGUACAUACAUAAAAUUACGCCUUUUUCCUGAAGGGACGGGCAGAGACUACAUCUUUCCACUUGCCACGAUCUCUGCCUACUUCUAAUUUAAUAGUCAUAGAUUUUAUAAAGAUGGUUAUUAAAUUUUCCACACGGAUGACAACUUGAAGUCACAUUAUAUUUGAAGAAUUCUAAGAAGAGUAUUGUAAAGUAAAUAAAAUAUCUUUAUUUUCUUCAGUUUUCAUCGCAGUACUUACAUAACUUGUAAAAUUUGUUUAAUUAAUAUUGUAACUUAGCUGUCUGUUAAGAAGGAUAAUUAAAAGAACGCAGGUCGACAUGUAUUUUGUAAAAUUACAAUGAAAUACAAAGAUUAGUUACUUUCUACAGCCACUAGAUGGCGCCUUAAUGGUUUCUGGCUUAAGAGGAGAUUUAAAGUUCUGACACCAGGGAGUGCAGUAACAGUUGAUACGUCUCACAUUCUAUAAGGAAGAAGACUGUGACAUUUCGUGCUUAUUUAGCAAAGCUACAAGUUAUAAUUGUGAAUUCUAGCUAUUAAUGUUCUCUGACGCUUUAGAAAUAACCACGACACUUUUUUAUUUCUUUUUCUAGCACUGAAGUUUUCUUUUCCAUGUAUUUGGGUAAAUAAAUAUUACAUAUUUGUUUAA